CAGGCGUUAUGGACUACGUAACCUUCCGUAGAUUGCCCCGCUGUCAUCAUGACACAUAUCUUGGCGUCCUGGUGAAGCAAAUAUCUAGCUAGCCCACUUUUGUUGAAAUGUGUUUGCUAUCAAUGCUUGUACGUGUAACUGGGAGGCAAGGUUUCUAAACAGAAACGCUGUUUUGUCGUUAAAAACAGCUAAAAAUACAGCGCUCGAUAGUCUCCGCCCAUUUCUAGAGGUAAACAAAGUAUAUCCUCGUCACAGGAAGACCAGCCGUCACUCGACUCAGUUUGUCUUUUGUAAAUGGAAAUAAGCUUAAUUUCGCUAUGAAUUGUCGCUCGGAGGUUCUUGAAGUGACGGUGGAGGCGCGGCAGGUUGAAGAAGCCAUGUUGGCCUUGUUACACACCAUUUUACUGCAUCGCAGCACCGGGAAGUUCCACUACAAAAAGGAAGGCACUUACUCCAUCGGAACCGUGGGCACACAGGACAUUGACUGCGACUUCAUCGAUUUCACCUUUGUCCGAGUGUCGUCAGAGGAGCUGGACAGGGUGAUCAGGAAGGCUGUGUCUGAAUUUAAGGAUGCUUUGGGUAACACCGGCAGCGACGGCAUGGGACAGAUCUCCCUGGAGUUCUACCAGAAGAAGAAGUCUCGCUGGCCCUUUUCCGAUGAAUGCAUCCCCUGGGAAAUGUGGAGCAUCAAAGUUAACGUUGUCAACCUGGCCAAUGAGCAGGAAAGGCAGAUCUGCAGGGAGAAAGUGGGGGAGAAGCUGGGGGAGAAGGUCAUCAAUGUCGUGGAGGUCAUAAACCGCCACGAAUAUCUGCCAAAGAUGCCCACCCAGUCUGAAGUGGACAAUGUUUUCGACACCAGCCUGAAAGAUGUCCAGCCUUACCUUUACAAAAUCACUUACCAGAUCACCGACUCUCUGGGCACCUCUGUAAGCACCACCAUGAGAAGGCUGAUAAAAGACACUCUGGCUCUGUGAGCCCUCUGACGCAGAAGAUAUGGAUCCUCCAUCAUUCUCUGUAGUAAUAUUUUACAACAUAGGCUGUUCUCAUCCCCAGAUAUGGCAGUAUAACUACUUCUCUGAGGUCUCCUUUGAUUCCAUAUUGUCCUGAUAUUUACUUUUCAAUUAUGUAUUCUUUCUUUCAUAGAUGUUAUGUUGGCGAGUUGUUUUCAGCUGUUCAUCCAGCAUAGAUCUGUUUUUUAUUUUAUUUUAGAGCAAUCACAUUAUACUCUGAUUAGACCCCUCCACAGGUUGUGCUGCUGAUUAUGGCCUCUGUAAAUUAUUGUAGAUUUUUAAAAUAAAUGUGGUUCAUU